AUGCUAGCAGCCGGCCAACUGGAUAAACCAGCCGGAGAAAACCUCAUCAUGAACGGGGUCUCCAGCACACUCCACACCGAGCUUUUUCAGGUUAAAUCCAGCAGCCCCCCCUUCCCCUGCCUGCUAACCAGGCUAGCUCAGUUAGCCUCAACUCCGCUAGCAACCUGUGACCCUCCAGUAGUGGCUGUUAAACCAACGCAGGCGUCGUCCAUGUGGAGCAGCCUCAUCUCCUACCUCAGGUCUAAUGUGACGGUGAAGCGCCGUCUGGUCCACCUCAGGUCCCACAGCGACUGUUUCCUCGGAUCAGAGGCCGUGGAUGUUCUGAUAGAACAUAUUACCAAAGCUGAGGGAUUUGAGGGUGCCAGCAUCUCCCGGGAAAAGGUGGCGUGUGUGUGCCAGGCUCUGAUGGACUGUGAUGUGUUUGAGGCCGUGGGAACUAAAGUGCUUGGCAGAAAAAAGAAGCAGGAUGCUUUCGAGGACAGUAGGAAUGCUCUGUACAGGUUUGCAGGCAGCCGUUUACCUUCGGUUGAGGAGUUGGAACGAGGCUCACUCAUCAAUGGAAUCCAAGAGCUGUUCUGCAGGUCACCUUCAGAUGGGCUUGGAAAACAGGUGGACAUGUCCAUCCCUGCCACAGAGCUGAAGACACCUGAGAAGUUCUGCCACCUCAGGUCUGGUUUCACCGCUAAGGGGACGAUGGAGUGUCCAGUGGACGGUCCAAGCAAAGAGCAGAAGGACCCAGCUUUACCACAGUCCUGUCCCAGCAGUGAUGAUCAAACUGGUCUCACUCCCAGUCUGGCCCAGUGGAAGCUGCAGCUGUACAGGACUCUGGUCAGACACUACAGCGACACAGCCAGGUCUCCUCUCCUGCCGCAGAACAUGACGGACGUCCACGCGGCCAUCACCGACCUGCUGGGCGCUUCUCUUGGUCUGCAGGCCUCCAUCGGCGCCGACUCUUUAAAGAAGAACACAAACCAGGAAUUAUGGAUACUGCUGAACAACAUUCACCUGGAUAACAAGAUGUCGGAAAAGGAGAGAAGACGUCUCCUCAGACAGUUUUAUUUAUCCCACCCAGAGAUAUAUAACCAGUAUUUUGGUGAGACCGCUGCCACAGAGCUGUAG